AUGUCCCUCUCAGGGAUAUUACGACUUCCAACCGAAACACUAGUCUCUAUCUUCGAGUUCCAGGACUUGCAGGCCAAGUGGAAGGAUACCGGCUCGAUUCCAAACAUUCGCCUUACCUGUCGACGCUUCUGUGCCUUGAGCUCACAUCUUCUAAUCCGCAAAGUCUACGUCGAUAUCACUAAACCAGAGACGGUAGAUCGCUUACAAGUAAUAGCUGCCGAUGCUGGCCUUGCUAAGGGGGUGCGGGAGGUCUAUUUGCGAGUUCAUUUCUAUCAGUCCUGGGUGGCAGCAAGUUUCGAGAAUUUCGUUUCGUCUGUAGAAUCAGAAUGGAGGCAGAGAACCUCUCCUCAACAGUACUAUGAACAAGAACAGCAACAAGGCAGUAUUUGGAAUUUCGAGCGGAUCGCAUGGAAUUUUAUCCGCAGUCUUGACCAAACCGUAGGUGAUACUGGCCAUCAUGAAUUAGAAGAGCAAUCGACAGCCAACAAUGUUGAUGCGCCAGAUAUAAAUCAAAUUCGCCCCAUAAUAGUCCUGCAGAGAGCCUAUAAGUUAUAUAAGACUGGAUACGAAUCCCAGGAUAGUAUUAUGCGCGACGGAGAUUUUAGCUCUGUUCUCUCCAAGACGUUAUCGAAGUUUGAGGGUCUCCGGCGAGUCACUAUCUACGAUCGUGAAUUUCACAACAAUUACGGUCCAGGAACGACUAUUCGUGUACCUCAAGAUGAUCAUGUUGGCCACGAGACUGCUCUUGUUUCUGUUUUUUCGCGUCCAAUGGUCUGGGAGGAUGCACAAUGGAUUCAACCAACAGAAGAAAUACGGCAAGGCGUACCAAUCGAAUUGUUGUUUGAGAUACCAAUGGCUAUUGGCGGGACAAAAGGKAUCAAGGUCGAUUUCCUGGAUAUCCAAGUUACGACUGCACCAGAUUACACUCGGUUGCCAACAAAUCCAGAAUCCCUCAGCUCCUUGACAGCUGCCAUGGAUUCCAUGGAAAUAUUUCAAUUCGGUUUCCAGCCACGCUGUGCCAGUGGCUGUGGCCCCUGGACUAUAGACGUCGAUGUCGAUGACGAUGGCGCUGAAGUGAGGAGAGCGGGAUCGAAUUUGAAAUCCGCCGCAGAGCUACAAGCACUCGAUAAAUAUCUCGGCGCCAUACUAGAUUGUAAAACCCUUGAGCACGCGGAUAUCAAUCUAGGAGAGUUUUGGAUUGGUGCUGGUUUCGAUUCAAUCCGUCAUGCGCCGACCUCUCUCGGAAUUAACUGGUUUCGCGAAUCGGGAGCAAUGAGAUCCCUUCACUUAACACAGACUCCUCUCACUACGACGGAUCUAGAGAGAAUCGUUAGUCAAGCCAUGGUCGAUGACGAUGAGGAUGAUCAUAUAGAAUUCAGACUUCACGAAGUCUAUCUUUGCAAUGGCUCUUGGAAGCAUUUAUUAGAAAAACUACGUAUGGCAAAGAUGAAGAACGUACAGGUCGGCUUUGCGCAUCCCCUUGGUGGCGGAUUAGAUGAACUUGAUUACGAAGUAUAUUCAUCAGUUCGUGAUCAAUUCAAUGAUCGUGGAUCUAAAGUCCACCAGUUUAUAAGAGGAGAAAUUGACCGGAAUCCUUUAGAUUUGAUCAAUUAG